CAAAAGGAGAAACCCAGACGCUCAUGGAGACAGCCUCGGUUCAUAAAUCAGGUGGGGCCAGGGGCUGGGGGCCCGGACGUCAUGGAGCCCGACUCCCUCCUGGACCAAGACGACUCCUACGAGUCGCCCCAAGAAAGGCCGGGCUCCCGGCGCAGCCUGCCCAGCAGCCUCUCAGAGAAGAACCCCAGCAUGGAGCCCACAGCUGCUACGCCAUUCCGGGUUACGGGCUUCCUCAGCCGCCGCCUCAAGGGCUCCAUCAAGCGCACCAAGAGCCAGCCCAAGCUGGACCGCAACCACAGCUUCCGCCACAUCCUGCCGGGGUUCCGGAGCGCUGCUGCCGCCUCCGCCUCCGCCGCGGACAAUGAGAGGUCCCAUCUGAUGCCAAGACUGAAGGAGUCACGCUCCCACGAGUCCCUGCUCAGCCCCAGCAGUGCGGUGGAGGCGCUCGACCUCAGUAUGGAGGAAGAGGUGGUCAUCAAGCCCGUGCACAGCAGCAUCCUAGGCCAGGACUACUGCUUCGAGGUGACGACUUCAUCGGGAAGCAAGUGCUUUUCCUGCCGGUCAGCAGCUGAACGGGAUAAGUGGAUGGAGAACCUGCGGCGAGCGGUGCACCCCAACAAGGACAACAGUCGGCGUGUGGAGCACAUCCUAAAGCUGUGGGUGAUUGAGGCCAAGGACCUGCCGGCCAAGAAGAAGUACCUUUGUGAGCUGUGCUUGGACGAUGUGCUCUAUGCCCGAACCACAGGCAAGCUCAAGACAGACAAUGUCUUCUGGGGCGAGCACUUUGAAUUCCACAAUCUGCCUCCACUGCGUACAGUUACUGUUCACCUGUACCGGGAGACUGACAAGAAAAAGAAGAAGGAGCGCAACAGUUACCUGGGCCUGGUGAGCUUACCUGCUGCCUCAGUGGCCGGGCGGCAGUUCGUGGAGAAAUGGUACCCGGUGGUGACGCCCAAUCCCAAGAGCGGCAAAGGCCCCGGGCCCAUGAUCCGCAUCAAGGCCCGCUACCAGACCAUCACCAUCCUGCCCAUGGAGAUGUACAAGGAGUUUGCCGAGCACAUCACCAACCACUACCUGGGGCUCUGUGCAGCCCUGGAGCCCAUCCUCAGUGCCAAGACCAAGGAGGAGAUGGCUUCCGCCCUGGUGCACAUCCUGCAGAGCACAGGCAAAGUGAAGGAUUUUCUCACGGAUCUGAUGAUGUCAGAAGUGGACCGCUGUGGGGACAACGAGCACCUCAUCUUCCGGGAGAACACGUUGGCCACCAAGGCCAUCGAGGAGUACCUCAAGCUGGUGGGCCAGAAGUACCUCCAGGAUGCAUUAGGCGAGUUCAUCAAAGCGCUGUAUGAGUCAGAUGAAAACUGCGAAGUGGACCCAAGCAAGUGCUCAACCAGCGACCUCCCUGAGCACCAGGGCAACCUUAAAAUGUGCUGUGAGCUGGCCUUCUGCAAGAUCAUCAACUCCUACUGCGUCUUUCCACGGGAGCUGAAGGAGGUGUUUGCCUCAUGGCGGCAGGAGUGCAGCAGCCGGGGGCGGCCCGACAUCAGUGAGCGCCUCAUCAGCGCCUCCCUCUUCUUACGCUUCCUGUGCCCAGCCAUCAUGUCGCCGUCACUCUUCAACCUACUACAGGAGUACCCCGACGACCGCACUGCCCGCACCCUCACCCUUAUUGCCAAGGUCACCCAGAACCUGGCCAACUUUGCCAAGUUUGGCAGCAAGGAAGAGUACAUGUCAUUCAUGAACCAGUUCCUGGAGCAUGAGUGGACCAACAUGCAGCGGUUCCUGCUGGAGAUCUCCAACCCCGAGACGAUCUCCAACACAGCCGGCUUUGAGGGCUACAUCGACCUGGGCCGUGAGCUCUCCAGCCUGCACUCGCUGCUCUGGGAGGCCGUCAGCCAGCUGGAGCAGAGCAUUGUGUCGAAACUAGGACCUCUGCCUCGGAUCCUAAGGGAUGUUCACACAGCACUGAGUACCCCAGGCAGCGGACAGCUAAUGGGGACCAACGACCUGGCCUCCACGCCUGGCUCUGGUAGCAGCAGCAUCUCGGCUGGGUUGCAGAAGAUGGUGAUCGAGAACGAUCUCUCUGGUCUGAUAGAUUUCACCCGGUUACCGUCUCCAACCCCCGAAAACAAGGACUUGUUUUUUGUCACAAGGUCCUCCGGGGUCCAGCCCUCGCCUGCUCGCAGCUCGAGUUACUCGGAAGCCAACGAACCUGAUCUUCAGAUGGUCAACGGUGGCAAGAGCCUGUCCAUGGUGGACCUCCAAGAUGCCCGCACACUGGAUGGGGAGGUGGGCUCCCCAGCCGGCCCUGACGCCCUGACCGCUGACGGGCAGGCGCCCACAACUCAGCUGGUGGCUGGGUGGCCAGCCCGGGCAGCCCCAGUGAACCUGGCAGGGUUGGCCACGGUGCAGCGGGCAGGCCAGACACCGACCACACCAGGCACCUCAGAGGGUGCCCCCGGCCGGCCCCAGUUGUUGGCACCGCUCUCCUUCCAGAACCCUGUGUACCAGAUGGCGGCUGGCCUGCCGUUGUCUCCCCGCGGCCUUGGCGACUCAGGCUCAGAGGGCCACAGCUCCCUGAGUUCACACAGCAACAGUGAGGAGUUGGCCGCCGCUGCCAAACUGGGAAGUUUCAGCACUGCCGCCGAAGAACUGGCGCGGCGGCCCGGUGAGCUGGCACGGCGGCAGAUGUCGCUGACUGAGAAGGGCGGGCAGCCCACGGUGCCCCGGCAGAACAGUGCUGGCCCCCAGAGAAGGAUCGACCAGCCGCCGCCUCCUCCCCCUCCACCACCCCCUGCUCCCCGUGGCCGGACGCCUCCCACCCUGCUGAGCACUCUGCAAUACCCACGACCCUCCAGCGGAACCCUUGCGUCUGCUUCGCCCGACUGGGCUGGGCCUGGGGCCCGCCUGCGACAGCAGUCAUCCUCUUCCAAGGGUGAUAGCCCGGAGCUGAAGCCUCGUGCGGUGCACAAGCAGGGCCCUUCACCUGUGAGCCCCAAUGCCCUGGACCGCACGGCCGCUUGGCUCUUGACCAUGAACGCGCAGUUUUUAGAAGACGAGGGCCUGGGCCCAGACCCCCCCCACAGGGAUAGGCUAAGGAGUAAAGAGGAGCUCAGCCAAGCAGAAAAGGACCUGGUGGUGCUGCAGGACAAGUUGCGAAUCUCCACCAAGAAGCUAGAAGAGUACGAGACCCUGUUCAAAUGUCAGGAGGAGACGACGCAGAAGCUGGUGCUGGAGUACCAGGCACGGCUAGAGGAGGGUGAGGAGCGGCUGCGGCGGCAGCAGGAAGACAAGGACAUCCAGAUGAAGGGCAUCAUCAGCAGGUUGAUGUCGGUGGAGGAAGAGCUAAAGAAAGACCAUGCAGAGAUGCAAGCGGCUGUGGACUCCAAACAGAAGAUCAUUGAUGCGCAGGAGAAGCGUAUCGCCUCCUUGGAUGCCGCCAACGCCCGCCUCAUGAGCGCCCUGACACAGCUGAAAGAGAGUAUGCAUUAGAAACAAAAGCCCGCUUGCUCGCUUGCUGGAACACAGGGGCCUUUUAAAUUGAGCGUGCGCACUGCAUGGGAAAUAGCGGCCCUGGAGGAUGUUAGACUUGCUCCCUCUCCAAGACAGCCAACGGCCUGCACCAGGCCCCGUGUGUGCGGCCGGCCUCCUCCUCACCCUCCCGGGUCCCCAGCCAAGGACCCAGGCGAUGCAGACCCUAGGGGUGGGCACACCCACAGCCAGGGCUGGUUUCCUCAGCUCUAGGCUGAUCUGUAGCUCACCUGCCCAGUCCCGUCUCUCAUGGGACAUAUAUGGGCAGGCACUUGUGUCUCGAUCCCUGCCUGUUCCCACCCCUACACAUUUUCAAGCCUUGGCCCUAGAUAACCAAGGGCCGGAGCUCGGGGUGGUUGCCUAGGCGGCCAGAGCUUGGCUGGGACUGCAGG